CUUCAUUUCUUCGUCCUUUCACAGCUUACGGAUGCUGCGCCAUGCUACCACAAAAUCGAGGCGAACUACCGCCGUGCUUGAUUUCCUUGCCCCGACUGCGUUCGGAUACCGUCUCGGUAGCUCCAAGGUGCAACCACAACGUUCAGUGACGAAACCUUCCACCAGACACAACACGGAGAAACUCGCAGAAUUCCCAGUUUCCGUACGCACGCAAAGCCCAGCAAUUCUUUGUCAGAGCAUCAAGCAACGUAUCAGCUUAUUGAGCCAACCAGGCGUUGCUGCUGUAUCUGACCCAGAUAUAAACUUCUUCGACGAAAAGGUUGUCGAGCUUCGCCUCUCUCUGAAGGCUGGUGACAUCGCGCGAGUGGGAGAGCUAUGGUCGCAGUUGGAAGAUAGGAAGUUGCUGCGACUCCUAGGUCGAGAGCUGCGUGGCUUUUCCGAGCGCGCUGCUCGGCUGUGCCCUACGGACAGCACUGAGGCUUGGGACGCAGACGGGAGGAGCGUCAUCGAGGACAUAGCGGUUGCUGCUGCUUGUGAGGGUGCAGUCAAUGCCCUCACGGCUUGUAUGAUCACACAUAUCAAGAGAGGCGACUCGCAGGCAGCCCUUGACCUAUACAGACGUUUUCUGGCCCACUCCAGCAACCAGUCCGCGUCUGAGCCUCUACCGUCCACACUAGGAGAAGAUGUUGAUGACGCGAAUGGGCUAGCUCUCAAUAUUCUAGGCGAUCAGCUAUCCCACCAACCCAGUUUUUCACUCGUCCUUGCGGCAAUAGCUGCACACGCACUCGAAGAUUCAUUCGAGGGCGCACUGAAGAUAAUGCUCGAAAAUCCUGUCCGCGUAAAUCAGUCCACCCAGAAGGAGUUCAUGGCUUCUUUCGAUGACAUCUCGUUCCGGGAAAAAGUGCAAAGUUAUGUCCGUCGCCUCGACAUCGCAAGACUCAUCUCUCGUCACCACUCACUCAGCACUCAUAUCACAAAUCUCGCGGGCAAUCAAGAUCUUUCACGGAUCGAGAAGUUAUACCGCGCUAUCAUCGACGGUUUGUAUGGUUCAGAGCCAUAUCUCGCUGCCCAUGAUUCCCAGAAGUCCAGCCAGAAACCUGUCGUGGUCCAAGAGAUCAAUUGGGCAGCAUUCUUAACGGGGUUCUUGCGGUGCCACCGUCGGGAUCUGGCGGAGAAGCUUUGGCAUGACAUGGUUAAACAUGGCAUCCAGCCUGGUGUCAUCACUUGGACAGCGCUCUUGGAUGGGUUUGAUAGCAUGGGGGAAGCUGAUGCCGCUUCCACCAGUUGGGAUAACAUGAUUUCCCAAGGCAUUCGACCAGGGAUUUUGACAUAUCGUGCUGUCAUUUCGACAUUGUUCAAUGCUCGGAAGCCAGAUGACGCUAUCGAGAAAUUUGCGGAAUUCAAGCAAGGGCUGGCCAAUGGUUCAUUGCCAGACACUGAGGACGCACUGUCCGUGUACAAUACAGUGCUGCACGGUCUUCUCAAUAACGGACGGCCGGGUGACGCCGAUGCGUUGCUGCAGAACCUACGGCAGAAGGGCCCAAAGCCCGACAUCGUUUCCUACAAUACCUUCCUGCGACACCAUGGUCGCAGAGGUGAAUUUCGUGCGGUCUCGGUGUUGCUUGAAUGUCUCCGAGAAGAUGGGCUGACUGGCGAUGCAUUCACGUUCUCUUCCGUGCUUUCUGCUCUUCUUAAAGUUGGGCGUACCGACGCCACGGACCUGGUACUGAGUUUGAUGAAGAAGCAAAAUGUGGAGCCCAACGUCGCUGUAUUCAGCGCAAUCAUAGACCAACAGCUCCGGGAACCCUCGGAGCAAGGUCUCAGGACAGCAAUGGAGCUGCUUCAGAAGAUGGAGACGAAUCCGGAUGCCCAACCCAAUGACGUGACAUACACAGGUGUGCUUGCAUCCUUGCACCGCCGGGUAUGGCCCGACACCGCUCUAGCCGAGGAGUGCAAGAGAUACGUCCUGAAAAGGAUGAAGGAGCGGAAUAUCCGAUCCAAUCGGGUGACCUACCACAUAUUGAUCAAAGCGUGUUUGGAGAACCCAGAAGCGGAAGGAUUGCGAGGGGCAUUGGGUUACUACAGGGAGAUGGCAAACCGGAAGGUCCCAAUGAAUUAUGAUACAUGGUAUAUCCUACUACAUGGGCUGAUUUCGAGGGAGGAAUGGGCGGUUGCAGACGAGAUGGUAGAAGACCUCCUGAGGUACAUCAAACCGGCUGGGGCAUUGGAGAGCUUGGUUGGUAGAAUUCAACGACGGACAGCUAUAUGCCUUGCUCAUCGCGAGAAGAAGGACCAUGCUAAAGGUUUCUCGCCCAUGAAAAACGACUUGCCGAGACCGAUACGCGUGUAGCGAUCGUACAACCAAUAACUACAUCUCCUGCCAAAGUACUUGCCUACCCAUGGCAGUAGUAAUACGAGUGCGAGCUGCUGAAGCUCUUCUAAACUCUCGUUCCACUCUUUCUGGGCUAAACGGUAGUCUUCAUCAGAGUCAUAUGACAAGUCAGAUGAGGAGUCUAGAGAAGGGUCCGAGCGCGGCAUAUGGCAAAUGUGCAGCCUUUAGUCUGGCUGAGGAGUACUAGUUCGGUUCUUGUAGUAGGUGUCAGUAAGUAGUCUAACAGAAUAGUCUCCAAAUGAAGUAGUUCAGUGUUUGCCAAC